AAUGCGGUGAUGGCAACAGAUAAGUAAAAAGUGAGCUCCACGGACGCACGGCAACACACCAACUGAAGUGGAAAGCGGCUCCUGUUCUGCUCCUUAUCCCAUUUCGGACGCUGCUCUCAAGGCACUGUGACUUCAGACUGCUGCAGGACUAAAUCAGGAGGAAGAAGUCAGAGUUAAGAAAGCAGCCUCGCCUUUGACUUGUGCGUAAAGGUUUACUACACUCUACCUACGCCUACUCUUUUGGCUCUUUAUGCCAGCGAUUCAGUGUCCUUUUUGUAUUCUUUAUACGUGGAAAAGGGAAACAGCAUUUUUUGUUUACCACCUCGAAGACUAAAUUUGUCUAAUGACGGCAGAGAUCCAACAGCCCCCAGCGCAGCCUCCUGCCCAGAGCAGCCCAAUGUCUGCUCCGGAGAAGCCGCACGGACAGACAGCGGUGAUGGAAACCGCCUCUUCUACUACAAAAACCAAGAAGACAAACGCAGGGAUCCGCAGACCAGAGAAACCCCCGUAUUCAUACAUCGCUUUGAUAGUCAUGGCUAUUCAGAGCUCUCCAACCAAGCGCCUGACGCUCAGUGAAAUCUACCAGUUCCUCCAGAGCCGCUUCCCGUUUUUCCGGGGCUCAUAUCAGGGAUGGAAGAACUCCGUGCGCCAUAACUUGUCCCUGAACGAGUGCUUUAUCAAGCUUCCCAAAGGCCUCGGCCGGCCAGGGAAGGGUCACUACUGGACUAUCGACCCAGCUAGUGAGUUUAUGUUCGAGGAAGGCUCCUUUAGAAGGAGACCCAGAGGUUUCAGGCGCAAGUGCCAAGCACUGAAGCCAAUGUACAGCAUGAUGAACGGCCUGGGAUUCAACCACAUCCCCGAGUCCUACAACUUCCAGGGAAGCGGCGGGGGUCUGUCCUGUCCGCCUAACAGCCUGUCCUUGGACAGCGGGAUCGGGAUGAUGAAUGGACACUUGGCAGGUAACAUGGAGGGGAUGGGUCUGUCCGGACACACCAUGUCUCACUUGUCGACCAACGGCGGACAUUCCUACAUGGGAAGUUGUACAGGAUCCACAGGGAGUGAUUAUCCCCACCACGAUAAUUCCGCUUCCCCUCUGCUCACCAGCGGUGGGGUCAUGGAGCCUCACCCCGUCUACUCGAGCUCAGCCUCGGCGUGGGCUCCGGCGCCAUCGGCCUCUCUGAAUAACGGGGCCUCCUACAUCAAGCAGCAGCCUCUGUCUCCUUGUAACCCUGGGACCAACCCGCUGCAGCCGAGCCUACCCACACACUCACUGGAGCAACCAUACCUGCACCAGAACGGACACAGCACCACAGAUUUACAAGGUAAGAUCCCUGACACGUGUAAGGGGGUGCGUAAAGGCGAAACGAAGAUUAAUAAAAAAGCAGGAGAGAAAAGGAAAUUAAAGUAGAGAAUAUGAUGUAGGAAAAUGUGAAAAUGAAAUUAACCUAACCGUUCCAUUUUGGAAAUAUGUCCUGAGCCGGACCAAGCCUGAUUUAGCACGCAUUUAUGACUUCGUGGCAAAGGUGGGCCUAAUGGAAUAAUUAGCAGUGCGCGCUUCAUGUGGCUCUAUUUAUUUUUCUUGUCUCUAAAGAAACGCUUAUCUCAUUUACUCAAUGCGCAAUAAUUCAAAUUAAGUACACCAGGGGAAAAUGACGCAACUAAAAGAAAAUGCGUAAAGCUCCCACGAAAAUUAAACUUAGUCACUGUUCUGCUCCCAAUUAAAUAGAACACGAUGCACCAAAAUAAAACGCAGAGAAGGUUCAAGCUUGCUCAAUUUUAAGUGGAAAAAAAAAAGAUCCACUGAAGUCUGGCGGGUCAGUUUAGAGUUGUGCCAAUCUCCGGACAAGAAAAACAAGCGCGGUUAGGAGCAGCCUGCCUCGCCCCGAGGCCCCAAGUCCUCCGGGACUGGCGUGCAAGAGGGCCACUGUCAAUUAGCCCAGCGAGCCCGCCUCCCCACUUUGACUAUCUUAAUGGUGCCUGCUAAAUGGACUCUUAGUCUAGGUGGAAUAAACACAUGUGUAGUCUAAAUCCCUGACAAGUUCAAAGUAGAGUUUGUCUUUAAAAAUGAUAAUUAGUUUGAUUUGAGGUGCUCGUUUUAGGGCCUAUUUUCUCAUUGUAUACGGUAGAUGAGGUAUGAGGAAAAUUGAGCAUGGUUAAGACAUUGUUGUCUUCAACACUACUAUUAUUAUCAUCAUUAUGCCUAUUAUUAUAAAUACACACACGCUUUAAUAGUCAACUCAAGACCAAGACAGUACACAAGUGUUAAUAUAGAUAUCUUUUUUUUAGGUGAUAUUUAAAAAUGUUCGUAAUAUUUCCAAAAUUUGAGCUUUUAUCAACACCAAAGCUCUCCAGAAACGCAUCUUUCUUCUUCAAUCUAUCUUUGGUUCAAAAUAUUUUCAGAGAUUUACCUUCAAAUCUUCGUCAAUCUUCUUUAAUUUCUUUGAAUUUUUGCAUUUUCUUUACCAGGUAUUCCUCGGUACCAUUCCCAGUCCCCCAGCAUGUGUGACCGGAAGGAGUUCGUCUUCUCCUUCAACGCCAUGACGUCCUCAGCGAUGCACACACCGAGCAGCAGCUCCUACUACCACCACCAACAGGUCUCCUACCAGGAUAUCAAGCCCUGCGUCAUGUGAGGCGUUCGCGGACACUCUACAGACCAGAGGACGCUGUCACGGACUCGAGCCAGCGAGCAGAGAGACAAGAAAAAGAAACAAACUUCAAGUAACAAACCACUGAGGGAAGAAAGGCUCGCCACGGCCCUGCGUGAAGAGAGAGAGCUCACUGUUUUGAGGUAGACCGGACUACUUUUCUGUAAGGAAGUCACUGAGGCAGGCCAACAACAAAACAAAUCAAUAAUAAUGAAAAUAAUAUAUAAUAAUAGACGAUAUUGGUGACAUCUUCUUCAUUGAGCAGCAGGUUACAGGCCGGGUGUAUGAAUCCCUGCUGCUGUUUGGUACGAAGUCCUGCGGAGCGGAUGACUACCACUUCACACUUUGUUUAAUCCUCGUGUUAAAGUAGGCCCAUGUAAAAAAAAAAAAAUGAAAAAAAUGCACACGUCCAUUUUCUCCACCUGAACUUUUGACUGUUUUCUUUCUUUGUCAUUUUUCUUUUUGGACUAUAAUACAAGCGUUGAAUUUUAAAAUGAACUUCUCUGGACAGUACAUACUCUUGUCCAUAUUUACUGUGUACAAAUGAUGAAGGCACUUUUUGACUAGCCUAUAAGCGCAGCGAUUUAUUUAUUCUGUAAGCCUACGUAUUUUAAUUUCAAGCGAAAUGGCCAAGGAGGUAUUUGCUUUAUUGGCAAUAUUUGUCAGAGCGCUUGUUAUUUGUUUUAAAUGAAAAUGGAGGAUAUAUUAUAAGCACUGUUUUGUCGUUUGUGUUAGAUAUACGUAGACCAUUACUUCCAGCACUGUAUACUUGUAUAUUGUUAGGGAAAUUAGCAAGGGUCCAUCAGUGGGGGGGCUAAUCUCUAGGCUUUAAUACAACAAAUCAUUUGUACAAAAUAAAAGUUUAUGUGUUGGGCUUUUUUCAGCCUAAAUCCACCAAAA